UCCUUUAAUUAUUCCACCUAAUCUAAUCUCCUAUCAAGGCCUUCUCUCAUCUCUCUCUCUCCCCAGAAAGUAGAAACCCUUACACUGUUACACAUUGAUCAGUUGACUCUUGCAAUAUCUCUCACAGAUUAAGAAAGGGCCUUUUUUUUAAGGAUAAAGGAAAUCUUAUUGUACAUACAAAUUCAAUCGCUCAUUCUCUCUCUCUCUCUCUCUGCGCUGCUGCUUUUUUUUCCCUUCAUUGUUACAAAAUUCUGAGCGUAUUUCUUAAUUACAUGUAAAAUAACCAAGCCCAUCAAAGAAACACGCUGUGUCUUUACUCUGCUCUGUUUCUCAAUAAUGAAUAGCACAGAAUUUUGAAUACCCAUUAGAAAUAAGCCUUGAAUUUGCAAAUUUACCCCUCUAUCUUCUUGGGCAGUUUUAUGAAUGGAAUUGGAUAGUAUUGAAACUGUGCCAUCCGCAGAUUUGAUAGACGAGGAUGAGAUCCAUCAGCAUCUCCAUCAAUUCCCUUCAGUCCCAAAGCCUCAGAGCAACAACAUCAUCAACAGUAACACUGUUUCUUCAGCAAUUCAUUCCAUCAGUGUCCAUGAGCUGCUUGAAUGCCCUGUUUGUACCAAUUCUAUGUACCCUCCAAUUCAUCAGUGCCAUAAUGGGCAUACACUUUGUUCAACAUGUAAGACAAGGGUGCACAACCGGUGUCCCACUUGUAGACAAGAGCUUGGUGAUAUUAGAUGUCUGGCACUGGAGAAAGUAGCUGAGUCACUUGAGCUGCCUUGCAAAUAUAUAUCACUUGGAUGUCCAGAGAUUUUUCCAUACUACAGUAAACUCAAACAUGAGGCCCUAUGUAAUUUCAGGCCCUACAACUGCCCUUAUGCUGGGUCUGAGUGUGCUGUUGUUGGGGAUAUCCCAUUCCUUGUUGCUCAUCUUAGGGAUGAUCACAAAGUAGACAUGCAUUCUGGAUGCACUUUCAACCAUCGUUAUGUCAAGUCCAAUCCCCGUGAAGUAGAAAAUGCAACAUGGAUGUUGACUGUUUUCCACUGUUUUGGCCAGUACUUCUGUCUGCAUUUUGAAGCUUUCCAGCUAGGGAUGGCUCCUGUUUAUAUGGCAUUCCUUCGUUUCAUGGGUGAUGAGACAGAAGCCCGGAGUUACAGCUACAGCCUCGAGGUUGGGGGGAAUGGGCGGAAACUCGUUUGGGAAGGCACCCCAAGGAGCAUUAGAGAUAGCCAUAGGAAGGUUAGAGAUAGUCAUGAUGGCCUGAUCAUACAGAGAAACAUGGCACUUUUCUUCUCCGGAGGUGAUAGGAAAGAAUUGAAGCUUCGAGUGACAGGGCGCAUAUGGAAAGAACAGCAAAACCCAGAAGGUGGGGCAUGCAUACCCAAUCUCUGCAGUUAGGGUGGUUAACACACACACACACACACACACAUUCAUGCGCGCUCCCUCUCUCUCUCCCCUCUCGUGUGCUGCAUCUUUUGUAAUAUUAGCAUAUUCGAUAACUUGAUAAUCCGUAUAUAUAUAUAUAUAUAUAUACACACUGGAGGCCUGGGCUUUAUAAAUUGUCUAUCCAAUGAAGUUAUUUUGGCUGUGGUGUGACUUAACCAUUUUACAAGCUGCAUCAAAUUUAAUGGUGUGCUUCAUAUUGUAAUUCUUCAAUUUGGAUAUAUGUAUACACAUGGAAGUUACUGCUGCAAGUUUUGCACCUAAUGCUUGUGUUGUACUCGCUGAAUUGCAAUUAUAGUUGCAGAAUUAGUCCACUUCAACUUU